CCCUUGCUCGACCCCGAUCCCAACCAGUUUGUUGUCUCACACCAGAGUUUUGGAGUUCGUUGUGAUAGACAGACUCCUUCCAUUGCAAUUGAAGCCAUCUAGAAAUCACAGUCACAAUGACUAUCCCUGACGAGGUUGAUAUUAUCAUCUGCGGUGGAGGCAGCUCCGGCUGUGUUCCCGCUGGCAGACUUGCCAACCUCGAUCACAACCUCCAGGUCCUCUUGAUCGAGGCAGGUGAAGACAAUCUCAACAACCCAUGGGUUUACCGUCCGGGUAUCUACCCGCGUAACAUGAAGCUGGACUCCAAAACCGCUUCAUUUUACUACUCGCGCCCCUCUAAAUGGCUGGAUGGCCGACGAGCCAUUGUCCCCUGUGCCCACAUCUUGGGUGGUGGUAGCUCCAUCAACUUCAUGAUGUACACUCGAGCCUCUGCAUCCGACUACGAUGACUUCCAGGCGAAGGGAUGGACCACAAAGGAGCUGAUCCCCCUCAUGAAGAAGCAUGAGACUUACCAGAGGGCCUGCAACAACAGGGACCUACAUGGAUUUGAGGGCCCGAUCAAGGUUUCCUUUGGAAACUACACAUAUCCGAUCAUGCAGGACUUCCUGAGAGCGGCGGAGUCCCAGGGCAUCCCUGUUACGGACGACCUUCAAGAUCUGAAGACCGGCCAUGGUGCUGAGCACUGGCUCAAGUGGAUCAACCGGGACACUGGUCGUCGCAGUGAUGCUGCCCACGCCUACGUCCACAGCACCCGCUCCAAGUUCGACAACCUUCACUUGAAGACCAGUACCAAGGUGGACAAAGUCAUCAUCGAGAACGGCAGGGCUGUCGGUGUUGCCACCGUCCCGACCAAGCCUCUCAAUGGCGCCAACCCGGAGCGCAAGAUCUACCGUGCUCGCAAGCAGAUUAUCGUCAGCGGAGGCACACUCAGCUCUCCGUUGAUCCUCCAGCGCUCUGGUGUUGGUGACCCCGAGAAGCUCCGCCAGGCCGGCAUCAAGCCCAUUGUGGACCUCCCUGGCGUUGGUCGUAACUUCCAGGACCACUACCUCACCUUCUCCGUCUACAGGGCCAAGCCUGAAGUUGAGUCAUUCGACGACUUUAUCCGCGGCGAUCCUGAGGUCCAGAAGAAAGUCUAUGAUGAAUGGAACAUCAAGGGCACCGGUCCCCUUUCCACUAACGGUAUUGAGGCUGGUGUGAAGAUCCGCCCGACUGAGGAGGAGCUGGCAGAAAUGAGAAACUGGCCAACCCCUGAAUUCCAGAGCGGAUGGGAUACCUACUUCAAGAACAAGCCCGACAAGCCUGUCAUGCACUACUCUGUGAUCUCUGGAUGGUUCGGUGACCACAUGCUCAUGCCCCCUGGCAAGUUCUUCACCAUGUUCCACUUCUUGGAAUACCCAUUCUCUCGUGGCUGGAUCCACGUCAAGUCUCCCGACCCAUACGAGGCUCCCGACUUCGAUGCCGGUUUCAUGAACGACAAGCGUGAUAUGGCUCCUAUGGUCUGGGGUUACAUCAAGUCUCGUGAGACUGCUCGCCGCAUGGCUUCCUACGCCGGUGAAGUCACUGCUAUGCACCCUCACUUCGCCUACGACUCGCCUGCCCGUGCCUUCGACCUGGACCUUGCUACCACGAAUGCCUACGCUGGCCCGCUCCACCUCAGCGCUAACAUCCAGCAUGGAUCCUGGUCUCAUCCUCUGGAGCCUGGCAAGAGCCCUGCUGCCAACUUCUUGAACUCCAACAAGCAGGAGACCCGUGAGCCGCUCAAGUACACCAAGCAGGACAUUGAGCACAUCGAGAAGUGGGUCGAACGCCACGUUGAGACCACCUGGCACUGCCUGGGUACUUGCAGCAUGGCCCCCAGAGAGGGUAACUCCAUCGUCAAGCACGGUGUGCUCGAUGAGCGCCUGAACGUUCACGGCGUCAAAGGCCUGAAGGUCUCCGACUUGUCAAUCUGCCCUGACAACGUUGGCUGCAACACCUUCAGCACUGCCCUCUUGAUCGGCGAAAAGUGUGCCGUCCUGACAGCAGAGGACCUUGGCUACUCCGGCUCGGCCCUAGACAUGAAGGUCCCAACAUACCACGCUCCAGGCGAGGUUGUCAACCUUGCUCGUCUGUAAGCAUCGAAGCUUGCAAUAGGGGAAUUCAUGACCAGACAAAAUCCCCAAAGUACAAACGCACGAGCAAACAAGGGUAAGAGAAUUGAAGGACUCUCUCGAAAGGCAAGAAAAAUGUGCUCUUUUGUCCCUCUCUCUCCACGGCUCUCUCUUCCGUGAAGUGUUGGCCCUAGCACGCAAGACUCCCCUAAGUGGGAGCUAUUUCGUUAUUCUUCGGGAGGUAAUCGUUGUUUUUGCUGGCUCAUCAUCACUACUUCCCCGAACAUUUUCGAUCGCUGUUGCAAUCAUGCAUUCUUGAGCUUGAGGCUCGAUAGCACGGCUUUCUGAAUGGUACGCCCGAGUGGUAAACAUCCUCAGGGGCUAUAUAUCAAUGAUCUAUAAGCAACGACGUGAAAUGAAAUUAUGUUUUUUGAUUUACGAGCA